UUGUGUGAGAAAGAAACCAGAAGAAACAAGCCUUUCUGCGAGAAAGAAACCAGAAGAAACAAGCCUUUCUGCGAGAAAGAAACCAGAAGAAACAAGCCUUUGUGCGAGAAAGAAACCAGAAGAAACAAGCCUUUGUGCGAGAGAGAAACCAGAAGAAACAAGCCUUUCUGCGAGAAAGAAACCAGAAGAAACAAGCCUUUGUGCGAGAAAGAAAUCAGAAGAAACAAGCCUUUGUGCGAGAAAGAAACCAGAGGAAACAAGCCUUUGUGCGAGAAAGAAACCAGAAGAAACAAGCCUUUGUGCGAGAAAGAAACCAGAAGAAACAAGCCUUUGUGCGAGAAAGAAACCAGAAGAAACAAGCCUUUGUGCGAGAAAGAAACCAGAAGAAACAAGCCUUUGUGCGAGAAAGAAACCAGAAGAAACAAGCCUUUGUGCGAGAAAGAAACCAGAAGAAACAAGCCUUUGUGCGAGAAAGAAACCAGAAGAAACAAGCCUUUGUGCGAGAAAGAAACCAGAAGAAACAAGCCUUUCUGCGAGAAAGAAACCAGAAGAAACAAGCCUUUGUGCGAGAAAGAAAUCAGAAGAAACAAGCCUUUCUGCGAGAAAGAAACCAGAAGAAACAAGCCUUUCUGCGAGAAAGAAACCAGAAGAAACAAGCCUUUCUGCGAGAGAGAAACCAGAAGAAACAAGCCUUUCUGCGAGAAAGAAACCAGAAGAAACAAGCCUUUCUGCGAGAAAGAAACCAGAAGAAACAAGCCUUUGUGCGAGAAAGAAACCACUGACGACAACGUAUCAACAGCCCUAUUGCUUUUAAGUUACAAUUAUGAAGUAAGUACAUUUAUAAAGUUAAAAAAGCAUAGCUUAAAUUCGAUAGUGUUAUAA